AUGUGUGGCAUCACUUGUGCGGUCGCAUUGCGGGGUCAUGGACCGUUAGCGAAGGAACGUGGAGAGUUGAGCAAAACAUUGCAAAAGAGUCUGGAUACCAUCAAGCAUCGUGGACCUGAUGCAGAUGGUCAUUGGAUCAGCGAAGAUUGUCGCGUGGCUCUUGGGCACAACAGAUUAGCGAUCGUCGACUUGAACCCAGAAGGAGAACAACCAUUCCACGAUGCAGACAAUGAUAUUCACGCUGUAGUCAACGGCGAGCUGUACGGCUAUGAAGAGAUUCGGGAUCGCCUUAGUGCCGAAGGCUACAGGUUUAAGAGCCAGUCAGACUCUGAGAUUGCACUGGCGCUUUACAAGAAGCAUGGUCUAUCGUUCCUUCCGCACUUGCGUGGAGAGUUCUCACUAUGCCUAUAUGAUUCCAAGUCUCAGGUCUUCAUUGCCGCAUGCGAUCGCUAUGCCAUCAAGCCCAUGUACUACACAAUUUUGGACGGCAAGUUGCUGAUCGCUUCCGAAAUGAAAGCAUUUCUUCCCUUUGGAUGGGAACCUGAGUGGGACGUGCAGAGCAUCAAAGACGUGGGCUGGCUGUGCGAUGGAAGAACCAUCUUCCAAGGAGUUUCGAAGAUACUGCCUGGUCACUACCUCGUCUGCAGAUCGUUCAGCACCAUCUCGCAAGACAAGUAUUGGGACGUCGACUUCAAAGACAAGCGUGAAAUCGAAACGAGAGGUGAAGAUGAGAUGAUCCAGGGUGUCCGAAAACACCUUGUUGAUGCUGUGCGAGAUCGACUUCGGGCGGAUGUACCAAUCGGAGUAUUCCUGAGCGGCGGCAUCGACUCAAGCGCAAUAGCAGGCAUGGUCAAGCAUCUGAUGGACACUGAAGGCGCACAGCUUGGCACAGCUCCAGCAUCAGAGCGGAUCAACUGCUUUAGCGUCAAGUUUAUCGGUGAAGAACACGAUGAAGAGCCGAUCGCACGUCGCACAGCUGAAUGGCUAGGAGUCAAGAUGCAUCACUGCGAGAUGACCGAGGAGAACUUUGCCGCCAACAUCGAGAACGCAGUCUGGCACAACGAAGCAGCAGUAACUGAUCUAGGCACUGUUGGCAAGUUCUUGCUUUCGAAACUUACCAGCGAUGAAGGUAUCAAGGUCGUCCUCACUGGAGAAGGAUCAGAUGAACACUUUGCGGGAUAUCGGGAGCUCCUUACGGAUUUCGUUCGCGAACCAGAUCUAUCAAGACCAAAUUCCGGAGUUCCGGAAGAAGAGCGCAUGGCAACACUCAAGAGCUUAGAGGGCUCAGAGACAUCAGGUCCAAAGGAACUUGCGACAUCGGCUGCCAUUCGUGCCCAGGUAAACAACACUUCUUUCCUUGGUUUUACGCAGACCGCUUCUCUCCGUGACCCGCUCUUUGCGCCUUGGGUUUUCAACGAGUUUGGACAGAGCGACAAACGUCUUACGGCCGUGAACGCUGUCGAUGGCCGUACCCGCGAGCUUAUGGCCAAAAAGUGGCAUCCGCUUCAUACAUCGCUGUACAUCUGGAUCAAGUCCUCUCUCGCAAACGGCCUACUUACCGUACUAGGCGACCGCUGCGAGAUGGCCCACAGUGUCGAAGGCCGUCAGCCCUUCCUCGAUCAUCGCUUAACGGAAUAUGCGAUGAAGCUUCCGCCCUCUGUAAAGCUGCGCUACGACCCUCAAACUCGCAGUUUCAGCGAGAAGUGGAUUCUCAAAGAAGCCAUGAAACCAUUCAUCACGCCUGAACUCUACGCUCGCAAAAAACACCCCUUCUCUGCUCCAGUGAAGUACAAACCCGAUGGCCCUGUCCACCAGUUGUUCCAGAGACUGAUCACGAAGGAGAAUGUCGAGGCUCUUGGGUUUCUGGAGUGGGACAAAUGCAAGGACCUGUUGCAUGAUGCGAUAUACGAUGGUGAUAGGCCAAAAUGGAGUCAAAUGAUUCUGGUGGGUCAGUUUGUGAUUCUAGGCAAGAGGUUUGGAGUCAAGAAGGCUGCGCCGGAGUUUACUACGCCAGGGGCGAACGGGGCGAUGAGAUAG